AUGUCGACGCGAAGAGCCACGAGCGCGCUCGCGCGCGCGCUCGACCGCGCGCGCGCCGCGGACGCCGGCGCGAGGGGUGCGCGCGGUAACGGUAAUCCGCCGACGUUGACGGUGAUUGCGCGUCGCGCGUCGUCCACGACGGCGUCGACGACGGCGUCGACGGGCGCGAACGACGACGGCGAUCGGUUCGACGACGUCACGGACGCGCUGGCGCUGACGGAGCUCACGCGGGCGGUGCGAGCGCGGGGACACCUGACGGCGGCGUUGGACCCGCUGGGGCGCUCGCUCGGGCCGAUCGUGCGAGGGUACGAGACGAUGGAGGCCACGACGCCGAAAGACGCGCGAGACAUUCACGCGCUGUUGCAAGGGUACCCGGAUCACUUUUAUAAGGAGGACUGCAAGACGAAGGUGAGCUUGGGGGAGUAUUUGGGGCUGAGCGAGAGCGCGCGUCGCGCGCCGGAGAAGAGGUUUCAUCUGGGCGAGGACGCGGCGACGCUGGAUCCGAGCGGCGCGCGCGCGAAGACGGCGUGGCGCGUCGAUGAGUUAUUCGAAAGGUUGAGAGAUGUGUAUUGCGGCACGAUGAGCGUGGAGUGUAAUCAUUUGACGAGCAAGGAGAGAAAGCGAUGGUUGAGGGAACAAGUCGAGUGCGGCCCUCGAGAAGCUUCGGCGACGGAGCGAAGACGAACGCUCGAGCGGUUGUUGACGGCGGAUCGAUUGGAG